UUCAAUGUUCUAGGUUCUCCCUCCCGAGUGAGUGAGUGUUGCCUUUGCCUCUCUUCUCUCCACUCCAAAUCACACACUUCAACGGUUCAAUCAAUCAAAACCCACUCUCUCACCUUCCUCACUCUUUUCUACUUCACAUUCACACUCACACUUUUACACAUCCACACCCAAACCAAUCUAUUACACCAUCAUCAAUCACCAUAUAUCUUACACACAACAGGUGGUGGGAAUGGCUUACAUGUGCGCUGACAGUGGAAACCUGAUGGCAAUAGCUCAACAAGUCAUCAACCAAAAACAACAACAAGAACAACAUGAACAACAACAACAUCAACAUCAUCAUCAUCACCAAAACAUCCUAGGUAUCACAAAUCCUCUCUCUGUCUCACUACAUCCAUGGCACAACAACAACAUUCCAGUAUCCUCUUCUACAUCACUGCCACCUUUGUCUUUUCCACCUACCGAUUUCACCGACCCAUUUCAAGUCGGGUCGGGUCCUGAAAACACCGAUCCCGCUUUCAAUUUCCCUUCACCACUCGACCCUCACUCCACCACCUUCCGUUUCUCCGAUUUCGACUCCGACGACUGGAUGGAUACCUUAAUGUCCGCCGCCGACAGCCACUCCGAUUUCCAUCUCAACCCGUUUUCAUCCUGCCCGACCCGGCUCUCUCCACAACCGGAUCUUCUCCUACCCGCCACUGCACCGCUUCAAAUCCCAACCCAACCACCCACUCCACAACGAAAAAACGACAACACCACCACCGAAACGACAUCGUCGUUUUCAUCUUCCACAAACCCACUUCUAAAAACCCUAACAGAAAUCGCUUCUUUAAUCGAAACCCAAAAACCAAAUCAAGCCAUUGAAACCCUAACCCAUCUUAACAAAUCAAUUUCACAAAACGGAAACCCUAAUCAACGAGUUUCCUUCUAUUUCUCACAAGCUUUAACCAACAAAAUCACCGCACAAUCUUCAAUAGCUUCUUCAAAUUCUUCUUCUACUACAUGGGAAGAGUUAACACUCUCUUACAAAGCUCUAAACGAUGCAUGCCCAUAUUCAAAGUUCGCACAUUUAACAGCAAAUCAAGCGAUUCUCGAAGCAACAGAAGGAUCCAACAACAUUCAUAUAGUUGAUUUUGGAAUUGUUCAAGGGAUUCAAUGGGCUGCAUUGUUACAAGCAUUUGCAACUCGUUCUUCUGGUAAACCUAAUAGUGUAAGAAUUUCUGGUAUACCUGCUAUGGCUUUAGGCACUUCACCAGUUUCAUCGAUUUCAGCUACCGGUAAUCGUUUAUCUGAGUUUGCAAAACUUCUAGGGUUAAAUUUCGAAUUUACACCGAUUCUUACACCUAUCGAGCUUCUUGAUGAAUCAAGCUUUUGUAUUCAACCAGACGAGGCUUUAGCUGUUAAUUUCAUGCUUCAGUUGUAUAAUCUUUUGGAUGAGAACACGAAUUCAGUUGAAAAAGCGCUUCGUUUGGCGAAAUCAUUGAAUCCUAAGAUUGUUACUUUAGGUGAAUAUGAAGCUAGUUUGACUACUCGGGUUGGUUUUGUUGAAAGAUUUGAAACUGCUUUUAAUUAUUUUGCUGCUUUUUUUGAGAGUUUGGAGCCGAAUAUGGCGUUGGAUUCACCCGAGAGGUUUCAAGUGGAGAGUCUUUUGCUUGGUAGGAGAAUUGAUGGUGUGAUUGGUGUGAGGGAGAGGAUGGAGGAUAAAGAACAGUGGAAGGUUUUGAUGGAAAACUGUGGUUUUGAAUCAGUGGGUUUGAGUCAUUAUGCAAUUAGUCAAGCUAAGAUAUUGUUGUGGAAUUAUAGUUAUAGUUCUUUGUAUUCUCUUGUUGAAUCUCAACCUGCUUUUUUGUCUCUGGCUUGGAAAGAUGUUCCUCUAUUGACUGUUUCUUCUUGGCGUUGAUUUGAUGAUAUUGGCUCAAAUUGGGAAAAGGGUUUCUUCCACCUGGUUUUUUUUCUCUGGUGUGGAACAACUAAUUGUCUAUAAGCUGUUGAUGAAUCAUGCUAGUGAAGUUCUUCAAUUCAUGAUGUUUUGCUUGGUGAAGAAGCUAUGCAGAUUGGAUUUGUUUGGUAUCAGCAAUCAACUCUGCAAUACAAGAUUUUUGGGAUGAUUAAUUAAAUUAAUUAUCAUUUGGGUUGUAUUUUUAGCAGUUUGGUCUUAGUUCCACACACCCUUUUCCUUUACAUUGCUUCCAAUUAAUUUUCCUUUUUUUUUUUUUUGGGUAGCGUGUUAAUGUUGCAAUGGUAUUAGGCAAAGCGGCGAUUAAGAUUAUGGACUUGUAAAAUGGGAAGGGAAAUGCUUUCUUUGCUAUUGCAGUGUUGCUCCUAAUCUUGUAACUCUGUAAAUUUGAUUUGUAUGGGUUUAAAUUUGUCUAAAUAUCAAAAAGGUUAUUUCACUUCA